UGACCUGUCAAAAUAGCACGCAGCGUGCUGGUGUGUUUUGUUUUGGCCGCACGCUGACAACAUGGCAGCCAAGGUGGAGCUGGCUCCUCUCAGACCCUGGGACGACUUCUUCCCCGGGGCGGACCGCUUCGCCAAGCCGGAGUUUGGAGAUCCGGCGAAGUGGAACAACCGUGUGAUCAGUAACCUGCUGUACUACCAGACCAACUACUUCGCCGUGGCCGUCGCGGUUUUCAUCAUCGUGGGGUUCAUGAACCCAUUUGGCAUGUUUCUGGGAGGUGCCGUGGUGUCCCUGGUGUUUGGGGGUUCAGUCUGGGCCGGAGAAAACAAGAGCAUCAUCAAGAACUUCAAGAAGAAGAACCCCGCUCUGUUCGUCAUCGUUGUCAUGGUCACCAGUUACUUUGUGCUGUCUCUGUGCGGUGGGGUCAUGGUCUUCAUCUUUGGGAUCUCUUUUCCUUUACUCUUAAUCCUUAUCCAUGCCUCUCUGAGACUGCGUAACAUGAAGAACAGGCUGGAGAACAAGAUUGAAGGUGUUGGGUUGAAGAAGACCCCGAUGGGUAUUAUCCUGGAUCUGCUGGAUCAACAAGAGGAGCGGAUUAACAAGAUCCAGGAUUUUAUCGAAAGUAAAAUGAAGGACUAAAUCCUCAGUCCGAAGUGUGCCAGGGGAAGCUGGUGUCAUCCAGCAUGAGUUUAGUUUUUGUAGUGUUGUAUGUGUCAUGAUUUUUACCUCCCCUUUGCCCCCUUACAUGUUUAAAGUUACUGAAUUUAACAUUUUCAUUAUUUUUUUUAUCCAUUUUCUUUUACUUUAUGAUUCAUUUGUAGUUCACUCUAUCCAAAGUGUAUAGAUGAAUAUUGAUAGGUUUGUGCAAGCAUUGUGUUAUCAUCAGGAUGUUGAGAGGGCUAGUGGGCUAAACGUUACCAAAGUUUUGAACAUUCCUGUGUCCAAAAAUGUCAAAAGUUAAGUUAUUUCCCAUUUACACAUUGCACAUUGUUCUUUAUGAUGACUGUUUUCUUUAGCAAAGUGAAGUGGAAUAUCUCAACAGAAUAACCAGUACAGUUUAUGGAUACUAGUUACAUUAGUUCUCAGAAGAAGUAAUCAUUUUCCUCUCAGUUUGCUACCUCAAAAUGAGCACCUUUACCUUUUAUGUAAUCCAAAAGGCCCUCAUUACUUAAAAACACACCAAUCACCCAGCGAACUGCUGAUUAAAGCCCAAUAAUUAUAAUCUUGUUGCGUCAGAGCUCUAUGAAUACUGACCUGAGACCAGUUCUUGUAUAAUUAUGUUUUCCAGCCUGACUAAUGAUACAGGAGUGUGGAUUUUUCUUUGUGCAUAACAGAUAUCAGUAUAUCCCCUUGUUUGAUAAAAGCUAUGCAAUAUUUAAAAAUGAAUGGCAAGUGCAGCUUUGUUUGAAUUUGUCAUGGCAUGUGCAGUUUUGUUUAUUCUGAUGUCAUGAUUUUCAUGACACAGCAUGCAGAAGUAUAGAAAUGGCAGCAAGGCAUGGGAAAAUACUGACAUAGAAACAUGCUCAUUUCGCAUUAAGUUGAAUGUCUUUGUGGAAAAAACUAACUGUCAUCUGUAAUGUUAAAUGUUAUUUUAUAGGUCCAUAUAUAUAUAUAUAUAUAUAUAUAUAUAUAUAUAUAUAUAUAUAUAUAUAUAUAUAAUUCAUAAGCACUAUCCAAAUGUCUCCUGUUGCUUUUUGCACCUGCACAUUGCUGGUUUCAGCAUGCUAUGUUGACAAAGGACCCUGGUAGGAAAGAUUGCAUAUGCAUUAUGGAUGCUGUUAUACAUAUUUAUAUCUUUUAUUUUACUUUUCCAUUCUUGAAAGUGACAAACUAAAAGUAAAACAUGGCUGUCUUCUGUAAAAUAAAAAUAACUUGUUUCAA